UUGGUAAUUGGAUCAUUCAAAUUUUUUUUUUUUUUGCUACAAAUUUAUAGCCAAGAUAUUAAACACAAAGAAUUCUAGUUUACACACGUUUACUAACGAAAUCUUGUUUUCAACGCGUAGUUUUAUUCAAUUCGAUUAAAAUCUAUAGCAAACGUCUAGACCUUAUGCGCUGUGUAACCAAAAUUGGAAUAAUUGAACAGGAAUUUUAUUGUUCGAACAAUUUUAACCAUAAAUGUUCAUGGUGUCUCUUUUGGGCAGUACUUAUAUACAUUACAUACAUAUGAAGCACACAAAAGAUAAAAUAAGAAAAAUUUUAGACGAGCAUCUUGAAAAUACCCUUUGCAUUGCCACUACCUGUAUCAAACCAGAUAUUGAUUGAACUGGUAUCUAAAAAAAAACAAGCUCAGUGUUCUCAUUAAAAAUUUUCAUAUUUUUUAAAUUAAUAUAAAUAUAUUUUUCUAGUCAAUGUAUCGUUUCAUUAGGUAAAAGUUGUUACAAUAUCUUCAUAAAUAAUAUAGGUUAGAUUGAACCGAAAAAAUAUGUAAACUAUGUACAACCCUCGACAAAUUUUUAUUGGCCAAUAAGGCCGAGAAGAUCUAAAAGGUUGGACAUCCAUGAUCUAUAAUGAGUGCAUGCGCACAGUUUGAUCAUCGAAAAUUUUAUUUCCCGAAAGCACACCCUGUUCAAGCGCGUGUUUCAUUGUUUGUCAUCUUCGAUCGUCUGUUUUGUUUUUCUUUCCAGAUAUAUAUAAUCGUCUCAUUGCCAACGACUACAUGCAUUUAUUUGAAAUCAUUACCGUUUGUUACAUAGUACUAUAAUAAUUGUAAGGUAAAAACUCGUGUCACGUAUAUGUACAUACAAAAUAAAGGUCUUUUUGCAAGAAUUGUCUUGGCGCAGCAAUUUGAAUUACACCAUGCACGCGAGACAUUUAUAAUUUGCGACAAAAUAACUUCCGGCAAGUUCAAAAAAAAACAAGUGGACGACGUUCAACGUCGAUUUUCAACUCGACAGUUGCGACAAGCAGCAAUUCAACGCGUGCGAAUUAAAAAGGAGGAAAAAUGCCAGACGAAGAGGAAAGUAUAAUAAUAUACGAAAUAGCUACACCACCGAACGACAAUUAUUAUCGCCGGAAUAUCGAGCAUUUCUCGAAAAAUGCAAACAGACUUCGAAAGAUCAACAACGAGAUCGAAGAUGUGCGAAAUGUAUUGGAACUGGCGGUAACGAAGUCGAAGAUUGAUCAUGAGAGGAGAAAAAACAAUUGUCAAGUCACCAACGAGUGUCAACUGGAACAAUCUCAAAGCUUCUACUUUACGAAGAUGAAAGAGUUCGCAGAUAAACUGCCCGCGUAUACUCUGUUGCCUGAACAGGAAGAGACUAUACGAAAUUUAGUUUCGUUCAGUUUACGACGCAAGUACGAGAGAAUCUUCGAAGAACAAAUGCUGGAAACGAAGACACGUUAUUACGAAGCGAUGCACGAUCUGGCCGUAAAAAGGGUGAUAACGAUCGAAUGCCAGGAUGUGUGUAACGUGGGUCUGGAACGUGUCCUUUCGUACAAGCUCGCUGGACGGACAGAGUUUUAUCCAAAGUAUUUGAAAAAUCGUUGUGCAGUCAGAAAAAAGUACUACUUAUAUCACAGACUGAUGAGAAGCAUCGUUGCGAAAGCUUGUUCCCUCAUGCCAGAGUGGAUCUGUAAUUUCGGACGUUAUCGAUUGGGAUUUGAUUAUCUCGAUUUCAACAGAUUUCUGGAUUUAGUGGAAAACGAUGUGAAAAAAGGCGGGCUGAUCGUCAGCAGUACCUAUUACAGCGACAUUGUACGAUUGGUUUCGCAGCCGCGUUACCUUCACGACGUUCGUCCACCCUCCUUGCCAGACUUUCUUAACUGCGCCAACAAUUUACUCGCCCUUCGAGUGGUGACGUGCAUCAUGGACACCAUUGAACAUUUGCUACAAACUUUCGAAGAUAAACGAACCGUCCCUUUAUUCAAGUUGCAGUUGAAAUGCGAGAGCAACGAGCUGUUUCUCAGUCCAACGAUGGACGAGAUUUGCCGCGCGUUUCAAGGCAUAGUUGAACAAAUUAGCCACGUCGGUCAGCAAUUACCACCGCUCGACUCCUGGGUCGGCGUGAAGAUUCAACAGGAGUACAUUAAAGUUGCAUUGCCGGAAUUAUACCUGGAAGAGGUGCAUCGACGUAUGGUGGAAACUUUGCAACGUACUUUCCAACCGUUCAACAGUUACGUGGAGAGACUGUACAGCAAGUUCAAAGUUGUUUUCGAUCCAGAAACGCGCAGAAAUAUCGUUGCUUAUGCCAGCACGGGGCGCACGUUUCAAGAGUAUGUGUCCAAGGUCGAGGACCUUAACCAAUUCAUUCGGGAAAUAAAUGGCAUGCCGAAUCACGAAUAUUUUUCGAUCGGUGUGAUUCAUCAAGCGGCGGCGAAGGAAGGUCUCCUCUAUUACACGGAAGAAGUGCGCAGGCUGAUCAUCGAGGAAUUGGUGAAAAGCCAUCGAGCUUACAAUCUUGAAAUCUGUAACACGUUCGAGACGAUAAGAGAGCGUGCUUCAAACGUUCCCAAUACCACUAAAGAAUUACUCGAAUUGGGCGAGUACAUGUUGUACGCUGCAUCGACGUUGAUGAGAUCGCUGGAGGAAAAGAUUACCUCCUCGUUGCGCAUGAUGGCGUUGCUAAUCGGGAUGACGACAUUGACCAAAGACCACAUCGAGUUGAAUAACGCGACCAUUCAUUGGUUAAAGCGGAUAAGACCGAUAUUCGAGCACAGCAGCGCCACCUACGAGCAAAUUAAAUUUGAACUGGAGGAGAAACUUCAGCAAAAAAUCGAGGAACUAAACGCGGACGUAGAGAUCAUGUUUCCCAGAUUGAAAAUAAUGAACGAUAUGGAUGACGCAGAUCGCAUAAGGGAGUACAUAGAAUACAUGCGAAAGUUCGCACGCGAUUUGGAUCGUAUGGAUGAGAGAGUGACGUGCAUCAACGACGAGGAGAAACUUUUCAAGUAUCCCCCCUCCGUAUAUCCACGCAUCAACGAAUUGAAGGAGAACAUAAUGCCGUAUUACGAAUUAAUUUAUCGCGGUUAUCAGUGGCAAAGGCAUCGAGAUGUUUGGCUAGAUGGCCCGUUUGAAUACUUGGACUCCAACAGCAUUGACAACACGACGAGCGACUACUUCACUAAUUUGAGCAAAAUCAGCAAACAAUACCGAACGAGAAUAAAGCUGUUAAUUGCAAUGAAUUAUCCGCACAGUUUUGUAGGAUCACUGGACGAUCCGGAUCCUUUUCAACAACCGGCACCUUUGAAGCUUUGCCAUCAACUGAUCGAGGACAUCAAGUGGUUCAAGCAAUACAUACCGUUGCUGGCUGUUUUCCGAAAUUUCGCGAUACGUCAGAUUCACUGGGACGAAAUGUCGGUUAUAGCCGGUUUCGAUCUCACCCCGGAUGCUGGCACCACGUUUCGAAAAAUCAUAAGCAUGGAUUUAAUGGCGGACUUGGAAAAGUACGAAACGAUAAGCAUAAGCGCGACGAAACAACUCAUGCUCGAGGAACUAUUGGCAAGGAUGAUCGGCGAAUGGGACGACGUGUUGUUCACCAUUAUGCCUUACAAAGACUCCGGUGUGAAUAUUUUAACGCAAUUGGACGACAUCCAUACUCUCUUGGAGGAUCACAUCGUGAAAGUUCAAGCGAUGCGAGGCUCUGCGUUUGUCAAACUCAUCGAGGAGGAAGUGAAGAACUUUUACGUUCUUUUGCUUCGAAUACAGUCGACGAUCGACGAGUGGGCCAAAGUCCAAGUACAAUGGAUGUAUCUGUUGCCCAUCUUUACCAGCAAAGACAUCGUAGCGCAGUUGCCCGACGAGGAAGUACUGUUCGCUCAGGUCGACAGGAUCUUUCGUAGCGCGAUGAGCGGCGUUUCGAGGGACCCUCGCGUGCGAGAGACCGCCGGUUCUGUGGGUCUUUUAGAAAUCAUGCAGGAGGCUAACGAAUUGAUGGAGAAGGUGAACGACGGUGUAUUGAACUACUUGGAGUUGAAGAGGCUCUUCUUCCCGCGAUUCUUCUUUCUGAGCAACGACGACAUGCUGGAGAUACUGUCCGAAACGAAGGAGCCCCUUCGAGUCCAACCGCAUCUGCGAAAGUGCUUCGAAGGCAUAAACAGACUCCGAUUUAACGAAACAAUGGACAUAUGUUCGAUGUUCAGCGAAGAUUACGAAGAGGUUCGAAUGCAAGAGGAGAUUUCGACCGCUGCCGCGAGAGGUUGUGUGGAACGUUGGCUCCUCCAAGUCGAAGACCAAAUGGUGAAAUCCGUAAGGCACGAGAUCCAGAUGAGCUAUCUCGACUACGAAGUCACUAAGCGCGUCGUCUGGGUACGCACGUGGCCUGGCAUGGUCGUCUUGUGCGUUUCGCAGAUUUACUGGAGCAUGGAGGUUCAAAACAGCCUCAUGACCCACAUUCCCUCGACGAUGGAAGCGCUACAUACGAAGCUUGGAUCUCAGAUCUUAGAGAUGGUUCAGUUGGUCAGAGGGCAACUGUCGAAACAAAAUCGUACCACGUUGAACGCUCUCAUCACUCUGGACGUGCACGCUAUGGACGUGGUGAAGUCGCUGAUCGACAAGAGGAUCGUAAACGAGACCGACUUCGACUGGCUGGCGCAGCUGCGUUACUAUUGGCAAGACGACGUGUUUAUAAGCAUUAUAUACACGAGCGUAGCAUACGCGUACGAGUACGUUGGAAACUGUCCUCGCCUCGUCAUUACUCCUUUGACGGACAGAUGUUACCGCACCCUGAUCGCUGCGUACUCGUUGCACCUGAACGGAGCGCCGGAGGGUCCGGCCGGCACCGGUAAAACGGAAACGACAAAGGACCUGAGCAGAGCCGUGGCGGUACAGUGCGUGGUGUUCAACUGCUCCGAGGGUCUCGAUUACAAAAACAUGGGCAAGUUCUUCAAAGGUCUUGCCUCGUGCGGCGCUUGGUCCUGUUUCGACGAGUUCAACAGAAUCGAGCUGGAGGUGUUGUCCGUGGUUGCCCAGCAAAUACUCUGCAUCGCCCAAGCGGUUCGUGCCGCGUUGGACACGUUCGUCUUCGAGGGCACCGAGCUGAAACUGAACCCCGCCGUUUACGUCUGCAUCACGAUGAACCCCGGCUACGCGGGCCGCACCGAGCUGCCGGACAAUCUGAAAGUGCUGUUCAGAAGCGUGGCGAUGAUGGUGCCGGACUACGCGAUGAUCGCCGAGAUAUUCCUCUACUCGUCCGGUUUCAGCAGCGCUCGAGAACUCUCCACGAAAAUCGUCACGACGUACAAGCUCUGCUCCGAGCAGCUGUCCGCGCAGUCUCACUACGACUACGGCAUGCGAGCGGUGAAGACGGUGCUAACAGCGGCGCAGAACAUGAAACUGCAGCUGCCGGACGAGGACGAGUCGGUGCUUCUGCUUCGAUCCGUCAUCGACGUCAAUUUGCCAAAGUUCUUGGCCCACGACGUCCCGCUGUUCGAGGGGAUCGUCACCGAUCUGUUCCCCGGGCUGCAGCUACCGUCGCCGAGUUACGACGUGCUCUUAGCAGCGGUGCACGAGGUCGCCGGCAAGCGGAACCUGCAGCCGGUGGACGGCUUUCUCCUGAAGAUUAUACAAAUGUUCGAAAUGAUGAUCGUUCGUCACGGAUUCAUGCUCGUUGGAGAGCCGUUCGGCGGGAAGACGUCGGUCGUCCGCACUCUGGCCGACGCCCUCACCUUGAUGCACGCUCGGGGUGACAAGGGUGGUGCCACGACCAAGUACCACACCAUCAAUCCGAAAUCUAUAACGCUGGAACGGCUGUACGGGUACUUCGACCCGGUCUCGUCCGAGUGGACGGACGGCGUAUGCGCCGUUGUGUUCCGGGCGUACGCCGGCGAGGACACUCCCGACAGGAAGUGGAUCGUGUUCGACGGGCCGGUCGACGCGCUGUGGAUCGAGAACCUCAACACCGUUCUCGACGACAACAAGAAGCUUUGCUUGACAUCCGGCGAGGUGAUACAGAUGUCCAGCGUGAUGUCGAUGAUCUUCGAGACGAUGGACCUGGUGCACGCGUCGCCGGCCACCGUCUCCCGUUGCGGGAUGAUAUACGUGGAGCCGCGCGUCCUCGGCUGGCGCCCGUUCGUCCGUUCCUGGAUAAACACGCUGAACCGCGCGUGGAGCGAAGGCCAAGAGAGCAACAUCGAGCAGCUGUUCGACUGGCUGGUCGAGCCCUGUUUGCAGUUCAUCCGGAAAGCCUGCCGCGCCACCGUCAACGCUGGCCAAAUCCACCAGGUCGUGUCGGCCAUGAACAUGUUCGAGAUGACGAUGGAAGAUGCGGUGGAGCAAAAUCCAAAAACGUACGACCAAUACCUGGUACCUUGGUUGCAGGCGACUAUGUUGACGUCGAUGGUGUGGGGCGUCGCCGGCACGCUGGACUACGCCUCCCGCGUGAACUUCAACGCGUUCUAUCUGACCAUUUGGAAGAACGAGCUAGAGGAACACCCGAUGCCCGAGUUUCUCGCCGAGUCGUUGAUCUCUCUGCCGACGGAGGAGCUGAUCCACGAUUGCUUCUACACUUAUCGGGGACGAGGAGCGUGGCGGCGGUUCGCCGACGUGGCGCGACAGCAACGGUACCCGGACACCGGGAGCAUCGUUCAGCUGAUGAUCCCUACCGUCGACACGGUGAAGUAUCAGAGCCUGUUCCUACGGCACAUUAAUCGCCGCAAGCGUUUCCUGCUGUACGGCGAGACAGGCACCGGCAAGAGUUUCUACAUCAAGGAUCUGAUGAUGAACAAGCUGGACGAACGGAGAUACCUGCCGAACAUCGUCGCGUUCACGCCGCACAUCACGGCCGCCCAGACGCAGGAGCUGAUCCUGUCGAAGCUGUACAAGAGACGGAGGAACCAGUUCGCACCGUUGCCGGGCACCCACUGCGUCGUGUUCAUCGACGACGUGAACAUGCCGGCGAAAGAGACGUACGGCAGCCAACCGCCGAUCGAGCUACUCCGGCAGUUCUUCGAUCACGAGAUCUGGUUCGACCUGAGGAAGCCGGAGAUGAUCCACGUGCACGACACCCUGUUCGUCUGCGCGAUGGCGCCGCCAGGUGGCAGCAGGCAGGAGCUGUACCAGCGGUUCCUCAGGCACUUCAACCUGUUCAGCAUCGACAGCUUCACCGACGACACCAUCGUCAGGAUUUUCACCAACAUCGCGUUCGUCGGCCUGCAGCGAAACGGCUUCACCACGGCGAUAAUGCCGGUCGUCGUCGACAUCGUGAACGCGACCAAGAACAUCUUUCACGACGCGCAGAGCCAGCUACGACCGACGCCGGCCAAGUCCCACUAUCUCUUCAAUCUGCGCGACUUCUCGCGGGUGAUCACCGGCUGCGCCAUGAUCAGGGAGGAGUCCGUCGUGUCCAAGUCGGACUUCACGAAACUCUGGACGCACGAGAUCCUUCGGGUGUUCGGCGAUCGUCUGGUCGACGAGAACGACCGGCGCUGGCUGUUCUCGAGGAUCAAGGAAACGGUCGGUGGCAACAUGAGGGAGACGUUCGACACGGUGUUCGGCCAUCUGCCGAAAUUCGACGAUCAGCUGACGAUGGAGAGCCUGCGGGACCUGAUAUUCGGUACAUUCAUGGACGUGGACACGAUCCCGUGCGACCGCCGUUACGAGGAGGUGAAGUCGAUGGACGAGUAUAUGGAAGUGGCGGUCUCCUGCCUCGAGGACUACAAUCUCACCCACAGACGCAAGAUGGACAUUGUCUUGUUUCGAUACGCUCUGGAACACCUCGCGAGAAUCUGCCGGAUAUUGGUGAUUCCCUGCGGCAGCUUGCUGAUGGUCGGCGUCGGUGGAUCCGGCAGGCAGUCGUUGACCAGACUGGCCGCCAACAUGGCCAAUCUCGGCCUCUUUCAGCCAGAGAUCGGUAGCGCGUACGACGUGCAAGAAUGGCGUGACGAUAUAAAAAGGGUGCUCAUGAACUCCGGCGGGGCGGGCAAAGAUUACGUGUUCCUACUCACCGAAGGGCAAAUCAAAAGUGAAAUCUUCCUGAACGACAUAGACAGCUUGUUAAACUCGGGCGAGGUGCCGAACCUCUUCACCGUCGAGGAGAGACAGGAAAUAAUCGAGAUGACUCGGCUAGCAGCACAGGGUGGCGACCGAAAUUUGGACAUAUCGGUGCUCGCGAUUCUCUCCUACUUUGUGAACCGUUGCAAGGAGAAGCUGCACAUAAUGCUGUGCUUCAGUCCCAUCGGGGACACGUUCAGAAUCAGGCUCCGGCUUUAUCCGAGUCUGGUGAAUUGCUGCACGAUAGACUGGUUCGACGUGUGGCCGGAGGACGCCCUCGAACAGGUGGCCCUACGCAGCACCACCGCCAUCAAUGUCGACGAACAAGUGAAAGUCAACGCGGUGAUCGCGUGCAAGUUCUUCCACGUUUGCGCCAAGGAUAUCAGCGCCCGGUUUUACAACGCCACCGGUAGGCAAACUUACAUCACAACGGCCGGAUUUCUGGAUCUGAUACGAACUUACGCAGAACUGAUGAAAGAGAAGCAAGAAGCGCUUAUUUUCGCGAGGGAUAGAUACAUCAACGGACUGGAUAAAUUAGAAUAUGCGGCCGAACAAAUUGGUCAAAUGAGAGUAACACUUUCGGAACUGCGACCUCAGCUUGAAGCGUCUGCCAAGGAAACCGCCGACACAAUGAGGAAAAUUGAGAUGGAAAAUAUCAGCGUUGAAAACGCGAGGAUCAUGGUAAAGAAAGAUGAAGAUAUGGCGAACGUGCAAGCCGAGAUUGCGAAGAACUUGAAGACAGAGUGCGAGGCGGAUUUAGCGGAAGCGUUGCCUGCUCUGAACGAGGCAUUAGCCGCUCUGGACACUCUGAAGCCAGCAGACAUAACGGUUGUAAGAACGAUGAGGAGUCCUCCGGCCGGCGUGAAACUCGUGAUGGCUGCGGUGUGCGUGAUGUUGGGCAUACCCCCUCUCAAGGUCGAGGAUCCAGUCACCGGCAAAAAGGAACUCGAUUACUGGACACCGAGCAAACGUCUGCUGGGUGAUAUGAGAUUUUUGGAAACUUUGCGGCAGUAUGACAAGGACAACAUUCCACCGCAUAUAAUGGAGGAAAUCAAGACAACCUACAUGACGGACAAGAGCUUCGAGCCAAAAGUUGUGGCCAGGGCAUCGUCGGCGGCCGAGGGUCUCUGCAAGUGGGUGAGAGCAAUGGUCCUGUACGACGCGGUGAUCAAAGUGGUCGCGCCGAAGAGGGCCAAGUUGGAGGCCGCGCAGCGCGAGUACGAGAACACUGUGAAAUUCUUGAACGAGAGACGCGAGAUGCUGGCCGAGUUGACGGAGAAGCUGAACGUUCUCAACGAACGUUUGCGGGUAACCCUGGCCAGGAAGAUCGAGCUGGAAACCGAGGUGACAAACUGCAGGAACAAGUUGAUCCGGGCCGAAAAAUUGAUCAGCGGUUUGGGAGGAGAGAAGAAUCGUUGGACAGAGGCGGCGGCGAACUUGAAGAGCUCGUACGACACCUUGCCAGGAGAUAUUUUGAUCUCGUGCGGCAUGAUAGCGUACCUGGGCCCCUUCACGUCCAACUAUCGCGUCGAAAGUUUGGGAAAAUGGGUCGACCACGUGAACAGUUUGAACAUACCGUGCUCGAGAACUUACGACUUCGUCGAGGUACUCGGCACCGAGAUCAAGAUCAAUUCUUGGAACAUAUUCGGCCUGCCGCGAGACUCGUUCUCCACCGAGAACGCCAUUAUCAUGGACAACUCGAAGAGGUGGAGCCUGUUCAUUGAUCCUCAGAGUCAAGCGAACAAAUGGAUUCGCAACAUGGAGAGGCAGAACGAGCUUGAAAUCGUCAAAUUGACGCACGCGGAUUACAUGAACGUCAUAGAGCGAGCACUGGAAUACGGGAAACCAGUAUUGUUGGAGAACAUUCUCGAGGACCUGCCAGCAGCUCUUGAUCCGAUAUUAACAAAAGCGAUAUACAAAAUGGGCGCCAUGUGGUACAUCACGCUCGGCGAGAAAGUGAUCGAAUACGGUUUGUCGUUCAGGCUGUACAUCACGACGAAGCUACGGAAUCCGCAUUAUCUACCGGAGAUUUUCAACAAGGUGACGGUGAUCAAUUUCGCGUUAACGAUCGGCGCGUUGGAAGAUCAGUUGUUGGGCAUCGUGGUGGCGAAGGAGAGGCCCGACCUGCAGGAAAAGCGAGAGUAUUUAAUCGUUCAGAGCGCCGCGAAUCGGCAGGCGCUGCAACAAGUGGAGGACAACAUUCUGAGAACGUUGUCGGUGGCGGGAGCUAGGAUCCUGGAAGACGAGGAGGCUAUAGAGAUCUUGGACUCGUCGAAGAUCCUCUCCAUCGACAUAUUGAAGAAGCAGGCAGCCGCGAAGAAAACCGAGGUGCAGAUCGAAGGAUUCCGACAAAAUUACAAACCAAUCGCGAGGCACAGCUCCGCUCUCUACUACACCAUCACCGAUCUACCCAACAUCGAUCCCAUGUACCACUACUCCUUGGCUUGGUUCAUCAACCUGUACGUCAGUUCCAUCGACACUGCGAACAAAAGUAAAAUUCUCGAAAGAAGACUGGCGUUUCUGCGAGAGGCUUUCACUUACAACCUGUAUCAGAAUGUCUGUAGAUCUCUGUUCGAGAAGGACAAGAUUUUGUACUCGUUCAUCUUGUACUCGACGAUCUUGAUAUCGGAGAACACCAUCACGAGAGAGGAAAUGAUGUUCUUUCUGUCCGGAGGCGUCGCACUGGCCGCAAUACCGGAGAAUCCAGCAUCCAGCUGGCUUCCAGACAAAUCUUGGGGGGAAAUUUGCAGAGUUCACGCGUUACCCAGCUUCGUCGACUUUCAGUCGAGCUUGGCACACGAUUUAAACGCGUGGAAACAGUAUUACGAUUUGCUGAAUCCGGAAGACUCGCCGAUACCAGACCCAUGGGAGACGAGUUUAACGCCUUUUCAAAAGCUAAUCGUCACAAGAAUGAUCAGACCCGACAAAGUGACGAUUAUGAUUCAACGAUUCGUCGAAACAGGCAUUGGCUUGAAGUUUGUCUUACCGCCGCCGUUUGACAUUUCCAAGUCAUUCGGAGAAUCGAGUUCUUUGAUACCUUUGAUCUUCAUUUUAUCCCCGGGCUCAGAUCCGAUGGGAGCACUUACCACAUUCGCCGGGAAUAUGAACUUCCUCGAGAGAUUCCAUUCGAUCUCCCUCGGUCAGGGUCAAGGGCCGAUCGCCCAAAAUCUGAUCGAACAAGCACAAAACAACGGCGAAUGGGUUUGUUUGCAAAACUGCCACUUGGCUGCAUCUUGGAUGCCCGUAUUGGAACACUUCUGCGAACUAUUUGAUCCCUCGAACACACAUGCCAACUUUCGUCUCUGGCUCACGAGUUAUCCCGCUGUUCACUUUCCAAUUACGAUCCUGCAGAACGGUGUCAAAAUGACGAACGAACCUCCAACCGGAUUGCAGAAUAAUAUCAUGAGGUCCUACAAAUCCGAAGCCACGAAAACCAUGGACGCGUUUGAUAACGAACCGAAUAAGAAGAGAACGUACUCAAAGUUGCUUUACGCCUUGUGCUUCUUUCACGCCGUGGUGCAGGAAAGACGAAAUUACGGUGCACAGGGUUGGAAUAUAAAAUAUGGUUUCAACGAGUCGGACCUCGAGAUAUCCGCCCAACAACUUCAACUGUACAUAAACGAUUACGAGGAAGUUCCUUUCAAAGCCAUUGUCUAUCUAACCGGUGAAUGUAAUUACGGUGGCCGAGUCACGGACGACAGAGACCGAAGAUGCCUAAACACGAUAUUGCAAGAUUUCUAUAACCCGAACGUAAUUACGGACCCGAAUUAUGCUUUUGCGGACGUCGGGCCUGAAUAUACUUUACCAAAAAAGCACGAAUACGAAGAUUACAUCAGGCAAAUCCAAGGGAUUCCUUUAACCCCGUCGCCAGAGGCACUUGGACUGCACAUGAACGCAGGGAUCACGCGAGAUCUCGAACUGGCGAAUGAAUUCUUUGUGUCCAUGAUGUUAAUCAAAGGAGAAGUAACGAUAGGCGACACUACGAAACAGGACGAAAUGUUGUUGAACAUAAAAAACGAUAUUUACGACAGAAUGCCCGAACCGUUUGACAUCGAGGAAGCGGAGAAGCGUUAUCCUAUCGUGUACAUGGAAUCCAUGAAUACCGUUUUGAUACAGGAAUUGAUAAGGUAUAACGUUUUGUUGCGUGAAAUUCGCGAGUCUCUCGACAUGCUGGAGAAAGCGGUGAAAGGAUUGAUAGUGAUGACUCCUGAGUUAGAGAUUCUGGCUAGUCACAUACUGAGCGCCAGAAUUCCUCCGUCUUGGGUGCAAGCGUGUGCUUAUCCAAGUUUGAAACCGUUGCCAAAUUUUAUUAACGAUUUCCUUGACCGGUUAAGCUUCUUUCGCAAAUGGUUGAUAGAAGAUAAGCCGAAAACAUUCUGGAUAUCUGGAUUCUCAUUUGUGCAUGCUUUUCUCACGGCAACGACGCAAAACUUUGCGAGAAAAUACCAAAUACCUAUCGAUAGAAUUGAUUUUGAUUUCAAGGUACUUCCUACGUAUGAAUCACACGAAUCUCCAAUGGAUGGCGUUUACGUUUAUGGAAUGUAUUUGGCCGGUGCAAGGUGGGACAUGCAGCGCAUGCUACUCGCUGAAAGUUAUCCAAAAAUUCUUUGGGAGGCUAUGCCAAUGAUUUGGAUGAAACCAAGCGUAGUGGAUUCUAUUCAUGUAGGAAAACGAUACGAAUGUCCUCUUUACAUAACUUCUGCGCGUUUUGGUAUUCUCAAGACAACAGGACAUUCGACUAAUUACGUGUUGUCGAUCCUCUUGGAUACUACUUAUCCUGUCAGUCAUUGGAUUAAAAGAGGGCUGGCUCUUCUCUGUCAACUCGACAAUUAAACGAUUUUUCAUA